AUGUUUAAAGAUUACCUGGAGAAGAAAUUGGAGGUUAAAACCAAGCAGAUCGAGCAAAAGAGCAAAAUAGACAAAGAAGUCGUGCAAUUGAAAUACAAGGGCAACCAGAAGCAGUACGAGCUCAAUGCAGAAUUGGAUUCCAUCACUGAAAGCAUAGAAACCGAGUCAGAGCGCGGCGAACCAAAUUUACCGCUGAUUAAGAAGUAUUCUCAGGAGGCCAGGGAGCUUAUUCGCAAACGGCAAAAGCUAAUAAAAAUUGCCGACAAGAGCAAGGACGGUUGGCAAGUUGUGGCCGAAUACGAAUCCGAUGAGUUGGCGUCCGACUCCGAAGAUAAGAAACGGCUCAAAAAGGCUAGGGAAACGGCGAGUCGAAAGAGACGACAAAAGGACCAACUCACAAGCCGGAGUGGAAAGAAAGCAAGAGCCGCUGUGGGUUCUGAUAAUCAGCUUUUUCGUGGUAAGAAAAAUUGCCUACAAUUUACUUUGUGAUUUCAUAUGGUUUUGGAUCCGCUUACGCAUCCUACCAUACUGCUUGAGUGAUUUAUUUAUUACAGGAAUUUAAGGGUAAAAUAAUUUACGUUCGUUUGAGCGAAGCGAAUUAGAACGUAAAUGUAUUUUCAGCUGGUAUUCGAAGUAAUUAGGCGUACUUGUUUCGCUUUGACACCUGGCACUCCCUUUAUUGUGCCUUCUACGCUGUUAUUGGUCGGCUUCUAGUACUUAUACUCUCUACUGUUCACUGUACACCAUUCACGUUUGCGGUUUCCUACUUCACAGUUUACAUUUUCGCGAGUGUUUUCCCCCCCCCCCCCCCUCUGCUUACUACGUUUUCUUUUAUUACUUUUAUUCUGGCCGUAGAGGCGCUUCUUGCGACUACUCACGUUGCUACAAGUGUGGAAAACUUGGGCACUGGGCUAAAGACUGCAAAUCCAUGUUCUGGCCAGGAAGUUACCAGUUUCCUAACUACAAUACUUACCCUGGACUCUCCUACAACAAGCCAGCCGGAAGCCAUUCAUCUCAAUACCAAUCAAAGCAGUGAAGAGGACUUGGCACAGGUAGAAGAAAUCGUACAGAAAUACGAACUUGAAAGCGGACAGUCUUUAACCGUUAAGGGUAAUUUGAAGAAAAAUCAAGGGUUUUGGAGAUCUAUUGGUGCUCCAAAUUUCAUUUUGACUAUUAUUGAAAAGGGCUACAAAUUACCAUUUGCUAGCCUUCCAUCAGCUGUAAGGCUAAUUAAAGAAUAA